CAAAACUAUUUGACAGAGGUGAAGCUCCCAAGCUGAGAGUGCAAGUGUUGUCAUAUAGGAGUUUCCGCGUGGUGUUUAAGCCUGUAACUCGCACCCACUUUACAGCUUAGCACACAGCCGCGGCAGCCUGCAAGUUUGUAUUGUCCCGAGAAUUUCGAGCCAACGCGGCUUUCUCUGGUACUGCGAACAAGCUGGAUUCCCGGAGCUCUUCACCAUGUCUGGCGGGUUUUAGAUACUCCAUGGAGCAAGCAAACCUCUACGAGGUCGCCCCGCGGCCACUGAUGUCCAACCUUGUACAAAGCCAGCAAAACGCCUACAUCUAUAAAGACACCGCCACCGCUGGAGACCUGAGCGAAAUCUGCGAGAACGAAAACUCCAUCGACAUCAGCGCGUACAUUGACCCCUCUGCCUUCAACGACGAGUUCCUGGCUGAUCUUUUCCAUAACAGCUCCAAACAAGACAAACUCAAGCUGGCGAGUGGAGACUACGAUUACCCCCACGGCGUUAAUGGCACACCGGGCCCCGGGGCCCAACAGAUGUACGGCUGCCCGAUCAACUACAUGGAUUCCUCCAAACUGGAACCGAUAUACAACAAUCAUGCACGAAUGAGACCCGUCGCCAUCAAGCAAGAGCCUCGGGAGGAAGACGAGCUUGGCCACUCGAUGCCACCCACAUACCACCACUCUCAACACCACCCGCCACAUCUGUCUUAUCUUCAGCAUCAGAUUGCGCACUGUGCGCAAACCACCAUGCACCUCCAACCGGGGCAUCCCACACCUCCUCCGACACCCGUACCCAGCCCGCAGCACCAACACAACCACCUGCCGGGGGGCUCCAUGAAAAUGAACGAUCGGGGGAAAUCCAAGAAGCAGAUUGACAAGAACAGCUCCGAGUAUCGGCUGAGGAGGGAGCGCAACAACGUCGCCGUGCGCAAGAGCCGGGACAAGGCGAAAAUGCGCAAUGUGGAGACGCAACAAAAAGUGAUCGAGUUGUCGUCGGAUAACGAUAGACUGCGCAAGAGGGUGGAACACCUCACACGAGAACUGGAGACGUUACGGGGCAUCUUUAGGCAGCUUCCCGACGGGUCGUUUGUCAAAGCCAUGGGCAACUGCGCCUAAACGGGACCGGGAGCGGAGUGUGCUGGACUUUUGAAGUUUGCGUGAUUUUUACGUCUGCUGGAUAAACGCUGACAAUCUGUUAAAUUUAAACUGUUUCUAUAGGAGCCAGGCAGCUGCGGUAUACAUGUGCCUUUUGUACAAAAACGAUAAGCUCAUCUCAUCACACAUCAGAACUAUGGACUGAAUGGUUGUUGUAAGUGUAGUCCUGUAAAGAAUGUGUGUUAGCCACGCGAAACAUAUCAGUGCAGCUAAUGGGCAUGAUUUCACCGUAUCAAUCUACUUUAUUGUUGAGUUAUCAGCUUUCAGUAUUCCUCAUUUUUUGCGCCUUGCCCCUUUGGUUGCAUAUUAACUGAACUAUACAACAGUUAUUGAAGUGAUACAACAUUUGUGCCAUUCCAUCCAGGCUGUAUUUCCACCUCACCUGUUGAAGCAUAACAUUCACUGUAUGAUACCGUUGAUGUAAUACUUUUUCAAAGAGGGUGGGGUGUAGUUGUUUCAUGGACGUCAGUAGACAAAAUGCCAAAGCAUAGGACUGGAACGCAUUGUUUUUUUACUGUGGUACUAGGCUAUUUGUCAUUCAUAAACCAGACUGUAUGCACUAUUGGCUAUGUUGUCAAAAUGCCACCUGUUGAAGCACAUUGUGAACAUUUUACCAUGAUCUGGGUACUGAUCUGUAAAACACCUGUCAGUAUACGCUUUUUAGAGUAAAUGCUUUGUAUUUAUGCAAUAUAAUUGAUAAAAAUAUGAAAGGGUGCAUAUCUCUAUGCAAUGUCUGUUGCUGUGUUUAGGAAGAUUCCAGUGUGCUUUCUCACUGAUUCUGCAGUGAACUGAAUUCGCUCUGUAAGUGUGCGAGCAUUUCAUGUGAAAUGUUUCUUUCUUUUUUUUUUUUUGUACAAGAACACUCGAGCAGAGACCGGUUUCAGUGCCUUUUGAUUUUUCCUGUCUUUUUUGCCAUCACUGACUGAAACUUUGGAGAACAAUAGCCAAUACAGCAAGGAAAAGGAAGCACUUUUUUACAAACGGCAUAUUGCAUAUUGUUAUACAAAUGUUUAAAUACGUUUCAGUUUUAAAAUGAACUAUAUAUAUAUAUAUAUAUAUAUAUAUAUAUAUAUAUAUAUAAAUAUAUAUAUAUAUAUAU